CGCGCGCGCUCCCCGCGGAACUCCCGCCGGCGGCCCGGCUCUUGCGGAGGCGCGCCCGAACCGCCGCGGCCGCCGCCAACAUGGCCGAGACGAACGAGGAAGUGGCAGUGCUGGUGCAGCGGGUGGUGAAGGACAUCACUAACGCCUUCAGGAGGAACCCGCACAUAGAUGAAAUUGGCCUGAUCCCAUGUCCUGAAGCUAGGUAUAACCGGAGUCCCAUAGUCCUUGUUGAAAACAAACUGGGUGUGGAGAGCUGGUGUGUGAAGUUCCUUUUACCAUAUGUCCACAACAAGCUCCUUUUGUACAGAACAAGAAAGCAGUGGCUGAACAGAGAUGAAUUGAUAGAUGUCACAUGCACCCUGCUGCUUCUAAACCCAGACUUUACCACUGCAUGGAACGUGAGGAAAGAGCUGAUCCUCUCUGGUACUUUAAAUCCAAUUAAGGAUUUACAUCUGGGAAAACUCGCCUUAACUAAGUUUCCAAAGAGUCCAGAAACAUGGAUUCACAGGCGAUGGGUGCUACAACAGCUAAUUCAGGAAACCUCGUUGCCUUCCCCUGUGACCAAAGGAAACUUGGGAACAAUUCCUGCAGAAAGGGCACAGCGACUCAUACAAGAAGAGAUGGAGGUCUGUGGUGAAGCUGCAGGGAGAUACCCAAGCAACUAUAAUGCUUGGUCCCAUCGCAUCUGGGUUUUACAGCACUUGGCCAAGCUAGAUGUCAAGAUUCUUCUUGAUGAACUGUCUUCUACUAAGCAUUGGGCAUCUAUGCACGUUUCAGACCACAGUGGAUUUCACUACCGCCAGUUUUUGCUAAAGUCUUUGAUUAGCCAAACUGUGAUAGACAGUUCUGUGAUGGAGCAAAACUCUUUGAGAAGUGAGCCAGCCCUAGUUCUUCCAAAAGAUGAAGAAGCAGCAGCUUCAACAGAGGAACCAAGGAUUAAUCUUCCCCAUCUUCUAGAAGAAGAAGUUGAAUUCAGCACUGAUCUUAUUGAUUCCUACCCAGGACAUGAAACCCUUUGGUGUCAUAGGCGGCAUAUUUUCUACCUUCAGCAUCACUUAAAUGGUAGGUUUCCUCACAGCAUGACCCAGUUGUCACCUGCAGACAGCCCUGGGGGGACUUUGAGUGACUUGCACCUUAUCCCAGCAGGCUCCCAACUGUCCCAGGCGAUGGAAGUAGAUGGACUGAAUGACUCUAGCAAGCAAGGCUACUCCCAGGAAACCAAACGCCUGAAGCGGACACCAGCUCCAGACUCCCUAGGCCUAGAAAUGGAGCACAGGUUCAUUGAUCAAGUAUUGUCGACUUGUCGGAAUGUAGAGCAAGCCAGGUUUGCCAAUGCAUACAGGAAAUGGCUGGUUACUUUGAGUCAAUGAAAGAGGUGAAUUAGUCCUGCAAGGUUCCCCUUUUAGUGCAAUAUUGUUUUCCUUUAUUCUUUACAUAGUUGCAUGAACUGUUUACUAUUAUUGGCUAACCAUAUGUUCUUCAUCUUUAGGUUAAAAGUCCAUAGUAAAUCUUUCAUUGUAUUUAUUUUGUUAAUAACUGGCAUUCCUGUGGGGAUAAAAUAAUUGUGUAAUUUCUUCCUGCUAAACAGAGUCUUAAAUUUUCUGUUUAACUUCUCACCCUUUGUAUUUCUAUACAUGGGGCUUCUCAUUUGGUUUUCCUGAUUGGUUCACACACAUACCUCUACCCACCUCAGUCCAGUUGCUGCAUAGGCAAGCAAAUUCUCUUAAAAAUUAAAAAUUUAAGGCCAAGACAGGAGGAUCACUUGAGCCCAGGACUUUUGAGACCAACCUAGGCAACAUAGCGAGACUUAUCUCUACAAAAAGUUAAAAAAAAAAAAAAAAUAGCCAGGCAUGGUGCUAUGCACCUGUGUCCAGGCUACACAGGAAGCUGAGGUAGAAGGAUUGCUUGAGCCAUGUUUGUGGCUAUAGUGAGCCAUGAUUGCACCUCUAUACUCAGCCUGGGCAAUAGAGUUGAGACCCUGUCUCUAAAACAAAUUGAAAAUAAACAUUUAUGUUGCAGUUCAACUUAAGAAUGUUGGUAUGAAUGUUGAAUAACUUGAUGUAAUUGUUUUGAAUAUCAAAUGGCUAGAUGGGUGAAUGUGUAAAAAUAUAAACUGGUUCUCUUUCUCUAGCAUGUUCUACUCAAUUACCAAAGUCAGAAGUAUUGGAAUUUAUAUGAAAAAAUGCUUCCAAUGUAAACCAUUUUUAAAAUGGUUAUUUAAAAAAAAAAAAAAAAAAACUAAGAGUUUAUGUAAUUGCAGUAAAGGAAAAUUAUUUUUAUUGCUAGUUUUGAUAGAUUAUUUUUACCUCAAAUUUGUUAUAUACCAAAACACGUCAGUCCUUAUAAAAUUGAUUUUUUUUCUGAAAACCUGGAAUGCCAUUUUUAGCUAUUACCACUUUUUAAUUUCAAAUUCACGUAUGACAGUGGGAGAAAUAUAUAAAUAAAUAUAUCCAUAAAAAUCUUCCUUUUAAAAAAAUCUAAAUUAUUGAGGAUACAUCAUGGAAACUACAGAAUUAUCAUGAAGUGACUAUUAAAGUUUACUGGCAAAUGCCAGAGGAAGGAAUAGUAUGUGAAAAACAAAACCUUGAUACUGAACUUAAUCAGGGAUGAGGUACCAAAGUAUCCACGUUAUAGCUGUAGCUUAUGUUUUCAAUAACAAGGGCUGAGUUUUUCGGGUUGGUGGGGUGAGGGUGGGGAAUGGGCCAAGUAACAUCUGCUUUCUUUUAUUUUCCCUUUUGUAAAUGGUCUGUUUCUUCUUUUCAUAUACUUUGUUUUACCAAUCCAUUACAUACUUUUUGUCACUUUUGUGUGUCAUUUUUGUGUAUCUUUCCUUUCUUACUUCAGGGGUAUGUCCUGAAGAUUUCUACCCCCAUUUGCAAUGAAUUUCAUACCUCAUCUAAAAUACAUGCAUAUACCAGAAAUAUGAACAAGAGUAGCCCUUCUAAAAGUUUCCCUAAUGAUGGAAGCUGUCAGUUGUCCUAUCUUUGUGCAGAAUGUUAGUAAUAGUGACAGAAAUAAGUGUGACAACCAUGCUUUUUCUGUUGUUCUUUUUACUUGCUAGGUAAUUUGUAAAGUGGAGAUUAAAAUAUAAGGAAAGGUAAACCUUUUCUAUCUCACUGUUAUGGAAAGCCUGGACUUGUACAUUGCCUUGAAGAAGAAAUAGGUCCUUUACUUGGGCAUCAUGAUUAUGUUGAGUGGCAGACUAUUGAAAUGAGUGAGACUUGAGAACACCAGAAAAGUUGUCUAGCCUGGCCCCAGUAGACAGAAUUUGUUCUUCUCUCGAGUCAAAAAUUACCUUUUAAUAGCUUUUAUAUUGUUUAGAUGAAAAAAAACAUUAUGAAUAUAAUUCCAUGGCCCUUUGUGUGCAAAGCAUAUUUUGAAUCAAAUACCUCAAGGUCUACCUAGACCUCUAUGGAUAAAAUCAUAAGUUUAUGAUUUUUAGCUCCUGUGAGGGUUUGGGGGCAAACUACACAAAGAAGACAUGGGUGAUCGAGCCCAUUCCACUAAAAUAUGUUGCCAGAUUCUGGCCUCACUCAGUAUUACCUUUCUUCCUAAGAAUUAUUUUUCACAUUCUUAGUAAUAGGGCUUCUUAUGCUUUGAUGUGGAAAAAAAAAAAAAAAAAUCAGGAAAUGAGUGUAGACAAUACCUUAUAAAAUAUUAGCUAAAUUUUUAUAGUGCUCUAUGUCUUUGUGUACCUUCCACUGAUUAUCUUGCCCAUCUUUGGUGUUAACUAUUUCCAUGUCUUCUAAGGCUCUUAACCCACGCUUUUCUGAAGCCGUGCAAUCCUUUAAUAUAUCUUGGUUUUUCCUAAAAGUUUUAAGUAGAGAGCAGAAAUACAAAUAUCCAAAGGAUACUGUUAGUAUGUGACUUUUGUGUGCUGCUUUAUUUCUAGAAUUUGCAUUUUUAAAUUGUUCAUUCACAGAAAAUCCUAAUAUUGCCACAUAUGGUUGGUUUUUUCCCUAAGUGGUCAACAUUUAAGCCCACUAUCUGUAGCAGGAUAAUGUCUUUGAGCUCUUGUAGUGGAAAGGAUCUGUUUAUAUUCUGGGACUUGCUAGUCUUCACUUAUUUUUCUAUAACUAUUUAAUUGUUAAAAGGAAAAAAUGGCUUAUUGACACAUAUUUCAUUAAACUUUCACUGGAAGAACAGUGAAUUGUACCAUACUGUGGAUUAAGAAUACUACUGACAAGCGAAAAGCAUUAAGAUCUAUAACUGUCCACCACCACCUUCACCCCACCUUUAGUGUACCUUAGUGUACUUUAGUGUACCUAUUUUGGCAAUAUAGUGUUUUCCAGAUUCUACUUGUGCUUUGCACAUUGUGAGGACUCAUUAAAUAUUUAUUAAAUUAAUGAAUGACAGAAGAAGAGAAAGAUUGGUUGUGAGUGAUAGAAUGAGUGAUGAUUGAGAGAUUGAUGGAUUAGUGCAAUGGAUUGUGAAUGAAUGAUGCUUUCUAGCUUCGUAGUACUUGGGAAGAGCUAUCGCAUACAGAAUAAGUUGAUUUAGACUUUUUUUUCCUUCAUUUCAUUACCUUGUUUAAACUUGUUAAAUCCCAGCCAAAAAAUACAGCUCUGUCAUUGUCAAUUAACUGUACUAUAAUAUAUGUUAAAAAUUUAUAGACCUAAAGAACCCACUUGCAUUAAGAACACCACUUUCUGUUCAUUUGUGAUAUUAGAAGACAAAUCCUGCAUACAGAGCCAGAACUACUUUUAGUCAUCUGAAGAAAUUCUUUGAUUUCAGUGACUUACUGACCUGUACCUGUGCACAUAUCAUCAUUUUGUGCUUCUCCUUUCUUCCCUGUAACUUGAACUGUGACUCUUUCAGAUAUUUUUUAAGUCUGUGUGAGUCAUUUUUUAAGCUUAGGGAUUUGAUACAUAUUAAUGUCCCCUUUGUCUUUUCUAGAUUUUAGCAUUUUAAUACCUCUUAAACUCUGGGCCCAGACUUUGAGUCAUAUUUCUUAUUCCUAUGGUACAGUUCUCACUUAAAGGCUUAAUUAUAAUAGGGUUAAAUGUAUACAGGUUAUGUGUAAAAGUACUUAAAUUUUCAAAUAAGGGCUUAUGUGAUACAAGAUGUAGAAACAAAAGUUUUUGGAUUUUUAUGCAGUAGUUUGUAGGAAAGCAUAUACUCAGUAGAUUGUAUGUUAUUUAGGUAUGUUCAGGUCAUGCCAAUUUGUGUUUGUUGGGCCACACACACAUGUAUUGUAUGUGUGUGUAAAAAGAAUUUUUAAUAUUGUAACAAAUGAAUUGUCAGUUUCACAAGACGGCAAAUACCACCUACUGUACAACAGUCUAAUAAUCCCUACCUUAGUUCCCCUGAGUCAUAGAAGAUGCUAAAGAAUUAGUUAUAAAGGGAAGUAACAUGAUUUUUUUUCCCAAGAAAGCUGUUUUAAGCUAUUAUUUUGCUACUAGAAAAUUAUAUUUUGAAACUUAAAGAUAUUUAAAGUAUGCUAGAAAAUUUGAACAUGAUAACAACUGAACUUUUUGUCUUGAAUAAAUUUCUCAAAUAGAACUGUGCAAACCCUAGCACUUUAUAUGUUGCUGCCUCCCCACACCUAGGUAUGGUCUGUAAUAAGCUCCUGUUUAUUGGAGAGAUGUGUGGAGGCCCUGGGAAGUUAACCCCUAGAAUUCCUUAUUGUCACAUAGUGUCUUUUAAAAAAUAACUAUACAGACUGUGUUAAUUCGAGUGCCUUUCUUACUUUUUUGGGGAGCAAGAUUAUAUUUAAUGUUUAAGAAAACAGGAUGGAAGUUUUAUUGCACAAUUGAUUGUGGCCCACUGUUUUAUUUAUUCCCAUCACUAGGCAUGGCUCCAUAGUGAGAGACAUAAAAGCAGGCAGGAUGUUCUGAUUAUUUCAUGAGUUAUCAUUUUUAAGCACCGCACCAAGAUUCAGUUUUUUUUUUUUCUGACAACUAAUGUUUUGGGGGUUAGAGGCAUCCCAUUUAGAGGAUGGUAUGUGGACAAUUAAAGAUUAGCCUGAAACCUGCAUUCAAAGGGAAACAGUGGCACUCUGCCCUAAAAUAAAAGCCCGAAUGUUGUCCUAAAUGAAUCCUUUGCCUUACUUAUGGGCCUUCCUUCCCUCUCAAAUUCAGGCAUAAUGUAAUGUAGUUGAAAGGGGGAGAAGCAGUACUUGCUUUCUUUCAGAUAUUGGAGGAAAAGAAGUAAAUGCUUAAAUGAAAUUUUAAAUGUAUCAUUUUAUCUGUUUGUAUAUGGAGAAGGGAAGGAUAGGAAUUCCAUAUUUCAAGAUAGCAAAUAAUUAUUCAUUAUAAUUUCAUAGAAAUAUAUAGCUAAAGAUUCCAAAGUGCUUUUACAGAGAACUGUUGAAUAAUAUAUUCCUAAAGGGCAGCAAUAUGCCACGUUCAUGGUGAAGACAGAAAACCAGUGUAUCAGUUGUGGAUCUUAGGUGGGAGAGGAAACCUCAGGCUCCCAACUUUGACUUCUCUACUCUCACCAGGCCAUGUUAACACUGUAAAACCAAACUCUUUGCUAAGAACAAUACAAGGCAGUAGUUCAGUCUGCUGAUGAAACCUUGUGCUUCCAGAAUAUUAGCUAUAUAUAAUUUGUUCUUACUGGACAAUAGAAUGGUCCAGAAGGCUAACCCUGACAUUACUUUUAUUAGUCUGUUGUUAUUCCUCAGGGUAUAGAAGAUUUAGUAAAUUUAGGACAAAUUUUAUAUUCAGUAGCAAAAAAGAAAAGGCAAAGAUAUGCUAAAUAUAUUAUUAGCUCUUAAAUUUUAGUAUAGAUUGUAUUUUUUAAUAAACUAUUACCAGUACAGUAGCUAGUAGAUAUUCUGUGACUGCCUCAUUGUUCAUCUUGCUGCUUUGGUCCCUAUGGCUCUAGUAUGAACAUUCUUGUGUCUCCUCUGGAAAUGAUUUCUGUAUUAUAUUUCCAUCUUUGGUAGAGGUGGGGAUGAUUGUAUUUUGUUUUAGUUGACAUCAUUCUCAACUUUUAUAAACACUGUUGAGGAAAAUGAUUACCAUUGGUUUUCAAAUUGACAACUAUUUUGCUUCCAAAGACUUCAGUUUCCUUUUAUGUGUAGACCCCAUAUAUGUUCAUCACAUUGUAUACUGCCUUGCACGUUGUAGGAAUUCAAUAAGUCAGAGUUGAUAGAAGCUAGAAACAUAAAACUAGCUUAUCUGUCUUAUCAUUGUCCUAUUCUUAGCUUUGAGAAAAAAUAUACCAUUUUGCAUAGAAUACAUCAUUAGUUUCAAAUGCACAAGGCAAGUGAAAUUUACAAAGGAUUUUUAUUUUCAUUUAUGCUAAAAUGCUCCUAUUUAAAGCAGUUUUCUUGAUUAGACCAACACCUUUCAGCAAAAUUAGAAACCUAACACAAGUGCUCAUUUGUCCAAAUUAACCAUAUAAUUAUGUAAACUGUUUAUAUUAAGCCUUUAGUGGUUUAUAAACAAUAACAUUCUGGCUUUUCUUUCAUACCUUUAGGGAAUCAGCCUUAAUUUUAUGUAUGGCAGUCACUUUCCUCAAAGGACUAUGCAGCAUACUUUAGAUUGCUUAUUUAUCUUUAUAAGGUGAUAGGUAAUAAAUUUGGGGUUUGUCAUACAAUUUCACAUGUCCAGAUGUUGACUCAAAGAACAUUCUAUUAGAAAUGUUCGUAUAUUAUCCUCCCUUGCAAAUAUCAUCUUGCAUUUGGAGCAGGUAUUUUUUUCUUAUUGGUUAAAGAAUGAGUAUAGACUGAGUACAGUUAUAGUAGGUGCUCAAUAAAUAGUCACUGAUUGAUCUAACAUCAAACAGUUUUCAGAAAGGAGACUGUUGACAUCUUUUCACCAAGGAGUAUAUUUGUAGAGUAAUAUAUGUGUAGAAUUUUAAAAUUAUAUCAACUGACAUGAUUUAUUAGGCUUAUUUAGGCUGGAGUUAGUAACAUGUAACAAAAGUAUUAUUUAUACCGAACAUAGUCGAAAGAUGGGAGAUGUGAAAGUUUAAGUAGUACUGUGCGAUGCACAUUAAUAAACAUAAUUAAAUGUCUUAAGCAGGUGGCUGAACUCUAGAGAGAACUACUGUAGUCUUCUGUGAUUAGUAUCUGUAUUGGUAUAUCCAGUACUACCUGGUUUAGGUUCGUUUUAUUUUUUGUUAAAUCUUACUUGCUUUCUAGUGUCCUAAGAGUGGUAAUGGUAAAAUGUGAAGUUACAAAAAUCUGCUUGUUUUCUCAGAACAUCUUCAGCAUGAGGGGGAACUUUUUAUAAAUGAUACACUAGUAUCAGCAUCUGUUAAUUUUCAAAGCAUUUUUGACAGAGUUUACCUAAUGUAAAAAGAUAAAGCAGUUUUAUAAAACACAAACAUUCCUACCAGAGUUGCGAGGAACAGAGUGUGUAGUACAAAUGUAAUUAGGCAUUGCCUCCUGGCGACGUUCUUGAUGCAUGACUAUAAUGCUGGCUGCUGACUGAGGUGACCGCUGUCAGUGUUGUAUUUUGAUGUAUGUUGUUUUUAGGAAAAUAAUGGAAUGCAUUCUAGAUUAACCUACUAUUUUUGAGUUGGAAAACAUAAAAGAUGAGGUAUAAGUAUGCCAAAUAUUCAUACACCACAAAAGCUUAAAAAAGGAGAGGAAGAAAAAAAAUCAAAAGCCAGUUAUGAUUUUUUAAUAGCAUCUAAUUUUUUUUGACCCAAGUUUGUUGGACACUAGUUAGUUGCAUAAUUUAACAUGGAGGAGCUUUUAUUUAAAAGAAAGUUCUCAGCUACUAUUUUCUGCUAUUAGAAUUCAUCAUGCCUGUUAAUUUUACAUUGUUUGAAGAUGUAAGCUGCCGUCAAUAUUGUUUUAAGAUUUUCUUAUAGUUUAAGUGGAAAAGUUACAUAUAUAAUCUGUGGUGCAAGGUCAGGCCUGGGCAUUAAAGAUAAGUUCGGCUAACUUAUUUUACUGAAGAUACUAAUUGUCUUCCCUUUGUUGCACUGCUAUGUUUCUUGAUCAAUUUUUCCAACAGUCUACAUUGAAGUCCUUUAGCUCUCACCAUAUACUAAUUGACAUUUGUUAAGGAUUAAAUAUGCUGUGAAUUCUUUUUACACUUAAAAUGCGUAUCUUGCAGAGAGAUAAGAAUUAAUUUUGCAAUAAUUUAUAUGCAGAGUGUGCUUAUGGGUUUCUGGGAUUUUGAGUUAGUACCCCAGAGUGUUUAAGUAUGAUGCUAAUUCUAAGGCUAAUGUAAUGACUAUAGAUUAUCUAUAUCCACACUGUUCAAUAGAUAUAUAAUGUGAACCAUAACAUAAUUUUAAAUUUUCCAGUAGCCAUAUUAAAAAAAGAAACAAGCAAAAUUAAUUUUAACAACAUAUUUAACCCAGUAUAUUAAAUAUAUCAUUUCAACAUGUAAUCAGUAUAAAAGAUUAUUAAUGAAACAUCUUCUUUUUCUUCCAUACUAAGUCUUAGAUUUGAGUGUAUUUUGCAAUCACAGCACAUGUCAAUUCUGACUGUCCACAUUUUAAGUGCUCAAUGGUCACAUAUGGCUAAGGGCUACUAUAAUGGACAGUACAGAUUCAGAGUACAAAGUAUGACUUUAUUUUAACUUUGGAGAUGGUGAAGUUGGCAUAAAAUUAUGGUACUUAAAAUCCAGAAUAUUUAGAAAAGGGUCUAAUAGAAUUAUCUACUUGUUUUCCUUCAUCUUUAUUUUAAUAUGCUAUAGAAGUAGUAUCAACCUGUUCCAAUUUGCCAAGCAUUAAGGAGGAAUAAUUCCGUACCAUGUAAAAUAUCAUGAUAUACUGAUUAUAACAAUUAACAAAUUUUUAAGUUGUAUUCACUAAAUUUUGUCCUGUUUCUUCAAAAUAAUAUAGCUUAAAUUGCAUGUUAAUUGAAUAUCUUGCCUAUUUUGUUUAUAUAUUCUUACAAUAUAAUAACGUAUAUUAACAAACAGCCCUAGGAGUCUAAUCUUCCUAUGCAGCUGUCUUCCAGGAUUUACUGGCACUUAUUACAUUGUAGUAAGUGACAGAAAAGUAGAAUGAAAUAUUCUUUUUUCCAUUAGAAUUGUUCUUAUGUGACCAUGUACCAAGCCAGCUAUAAAUUAUUGUAUUUCUGUAGAAUAUGGAAAAUAGUGUUUGUCUUACCUUUGCUAAAUGUUUGCAAUUUCUAAGUAAACCUUUCGUCUCCUAAAA